UGUUCCUCCAAUUUCGAUCGUGUGAAUGAAUACAUCUUCCGACCCCACAACAUUGGCAUCUCACCGGCAGGGUUCCUUCCCCCCAAUAUCCCUAGACGCAUGACCAACAUUUGCAAUUAGAUAGCAUCGUUGUGUCUGUGGCUCUGUCCUCAUCAAACGUCAAUGGCAACUUCGACGUACCGAGAUCGAACCUCCGAGUUCGCAUCUCUCUCCAAAACAUUUAAGAAGAUCUCAGGAAGCACCGCACCACCUGAUCAGUCACAACACAGUUUCCCCCCUUCUACCUCUAAAUCCCCGGAUCGAUCUGAAUUUAACAAGAAGGCUUCCAAAAUUGGCUUAACCAUCCACCAAACCUCUCACAAAAUUGAUAGACUCGCUAAAUUGGCAAAACGAUCAUCCAUUUUUGACGAUUCAAGCAAAGAAAUCCAAGAAUUAACAGCUUUGAUAAAAAAUGAUAUCACAACACUUAACGUGGGAGUUUCUGAUUUACAAGCCCUCCAAGACAUGGAGGUAGCUGAUGGAACUCAUUCAAAAGAUACUGUUGUUCAUUGUACUGCUAUUUGUGAUGAUCUGAAGACCAGACUUAUGACAGCUACAAAAUCUUUCCAGGAUGCACUGACUAUAAGGACAAAGAAUAUGAGAGCGCAUGAGGACCGGAAACAAAUAUUUUCUACGAAUCUGGCAAGAGAAAAUCCUCUGAGGCAACCUCCAAAGACUGUAGCAGAGCCACCCCCUUGGUCAACUCCUCCAUCAGGAGGUGGUCUACACUCAUCAGUGUUACCUGCAAAUGAUGUUCAGGUCAGCAACCAAUUAAGGCGGAGAUUGGCUUCAGACAAUCCUCCAUCUCAACAAAUGGAAAUGUCCAUGUUACAAGAGGUGGUUCCAAGACAAGAAAGUUACUCGCAAAGUAGGGCAACUGCUCUUCAAAAUGUUGAAUCCACUAUUUCAGAAUUGAGUGGGAUCUUCACCCAUCUAGCUACAAUGGUUGCACAGCAAGGGGAGCUUGCUAUCAGGAUUGAUGAUAAUAUGGAUGAGUCACUAGCAAAUGUUGAAGGUGCACAAGGUGCUUUAUUGAAGUACUUAAACCGAAUAUCAUCAAACAGGUCUCUCAUGAUCAAAAUUUUUCUUGUUGUGCUACUUUUUCUCUGUGUAUUUAUAUUUUUCCUGGCUUGAUGUUGGUUAGGAGAGGUAGUUACACUGUCAUUGUUACAUCUGGCGGUAUUCCUCUACUAGAUUAACUUGUGGGCUUAGUAGUAAUCAAAAGCCGAUUUCUCUCAAUAGCUUGCUCUGAGGGUGUAAUACUUAGCUGUCCUUUGUAACAUAGGUACUGUAAUGGCAAAUUUCUUGCAGAUAAACACACACCCAACCAAAUUAUAUUGAUAUUUUUUUUUUUUAGUGAAGUUGAUUGUUGCACAGCAAAUGAAUGAAGUUCUGUAUCAAUGUUUGAAGAAUAACUGACAUUUGAAUUUA